AUGUCUUCCGACUCUAUUUCGACAAAGCGGUUGAAGAGCGCUGAGGAGAGCGUUGGACAUCCAGAGGAAGCCUUCACGUAUGACGAACAGCAUCAGCAUGUGCCAGCCAAGUAUAUGGGCACGUCUCGAGAUCGAGAUGAUAUGUGCCAGCUGGGAAAGACACAGGUCUUGAGAGUAAGUCUCCUUUGCAUUCAUACAUUGACUGUUUUCUCCAGAAACCAAAAUUAA